AACCAGUGUUGCCCGGUUACGCCAUCCCGCCCGUUUACGAGUGUAGCGACAAGCAACCAAUCAGCGCGGACCUUUUGUCCCGUCGUCUAAUCGGAACCCGUAUUGGGCGUGGCGUGUUCCUCGUCGUUCUGGGUUCCGUGUGGAAAGUUUACCGGCUCGGGUGCAAAGUUUCAGCCCCGUCUGCAAACUGCAACUGGGGCGAGCGGACGUCGGAUAUGUGGCUGUCCUCCGACUGAGCAAUUCUCGGAUGAAUUUUCUCCCAGUCGACGUGCCGUUGCCAUUACGGGACGACCGUAGUGUGUGUGGGGGGGGAGGGCACGCAUUGUCUUCUCUCGGGGAGCCAGUGUGCUUGGAGUUCUUCCUAGCUAGCUCGCUAGCUAGGGGGAGCUAGUUUUCUUCUUCUUCUUCUUCCUCCUACCUUUUAGAAGCUCGACAGCAAAAAUGGCUUGCGAACCCAAUCGGGUCCGGCUCCUAUGCAUGCUCUCGCUGACUUUUGUCUUCUUCAUCGUUGAGGUGGUGGUGAGCCGGAUCACCGCAUCCCUCUCGAUGCUCUCGGACUCCUUUCACAUGCUGUCGGACGUCAUCGCCCUGGUCGUGGCUCUGGUGGCGGUGCGCUUCGCCGAGAAGACCCAAGCGACCGACAAGAACACGUUCGGCUGGAUCCGGGCCGAGGUGAUGGGGGCGCUGGUGAACGCCGUGUUCCUCACGGCGCUGUGCUGCACCAUCGUGCUGGAGGCCAUCGAGCGCUUCACCGAGGCCCACGAGAUCGAGCGGCCGCAGGUGCUCGCCGCCGUGGGCUUCGCGGGGCUGCUGGUCAACCUGCUCGGGCUCUGCCUGUUCCACGGCCACGCCGGCGGGGGGCACGGGCACUCGCACGGAGGGAAGAAGGGCAAAAGUGGCAAGGCUCACCGGGCUGGCAACGGAACGCCCGGGGAGACCAACAAUCUGGUGGGCAACCACAGCGGCAGCGGGGAAGCCUCGCAAACUACCGACGCCAGUCCGAAAGAGAGCGCCGAGGUGCAGAUCAACGGCGACGCCCAGUACGAGGAGCUGGAGCACGAGUCGUCCUCGCAGCUCAACAUGCGCGGCGUCUUCCUGCACGUGCUGGGCGACGCCCUGGGCUCCGUCAUCGUGGUGAUCAACGCCCUCAUCUUCAUCUUCGUGUGGAAGCCCUGCAACAAAGACGAAAUCUGCAUCAACCCUUGCAUCGAAAGCCACGCCACUGACCACUAUCACAGGAACCACACGCUGCUGGACCUCCUGGAGGGCCCCACGGUGCCCAGCACCAAGGUGGCGGGGCCCUGCUGGGUGCUCUACUUGGACCCCACGCUCUGCCUCAUCAUGGUGUGCAUCCUGCUGUACACCACGUACCCGCUGCUCAAGGAGUCGGCCCUCAUCCUGCUGCAGACGGUCCCCAAGCAGAUCAACAUCCACCGCCUGAACGAGCGCCUGCUGAACCUGGACGGGGUCCUGGCCAUCCACGAGCUGCACGUGUGGCAACUGGCGGGCAGCCGCAUCAUUGCCACCGCGCACAUCAAGUGCCACGACCCCACGUCUUACAUGGAGGUGGCCAAGCGCAUCAAAGACUUCUUCCACAACGAGGGCAUCCACGCCACCACCAUCCAGCCCGAGUUCGUCACGUUCAGCUCCGAUUCCCAGGACUCCCUGUGCGAGCUCUCCUGCCGGACUCAGUGCGCCCCCAAGCUGUGCUGCGGCGCCGGCGACAAGCCCAACCCGGCGGGCGACAAGAAGGCGGGCGUCGACCUCAGGGCCGUCGGCGAGAGUCCGGAGCCGGCCGCCGUGCCCCUGGUGCAGCAGCAGGUGGUGGUCAUGUCGGAAGUGGAGUCGUCUCUGUGAGAUACCGGACGGGAAGGUGGAAUAACUGCUGUCGGUCAGUAUUGGAGGGGGG